CUUAGUUUGUGUGCAAUGGGUCGCCGCAAGUCCAAAAGAAAGCCUCCACCUAAGAAGAAGAUGACGGGGGAUCUGGAAAGUCAAUUCACCUGUCCUUUCUGCAACCACGAGAAGUCCUGCGAUGUCAAAAUGGAAAGGAGCAGAAAUACUGGGAUAAUAUCAUGUACAGUCUGCUUGGAGGAGUUCCAGACCCCCAUUACCUAUCUGUCGGAGCCGGUUGAUGUGUACAGUGACUGGAUAGACGCCUGUGAAGCAGCCAACCAGUAGCCCUCAUGGAGCUGGAUGCUUCUCGGGAAGGGGGGGGGAAGAUGAGCAGGUGGUUGGUGGGUCUAAGCCCACUGGGAUCAAGCCGAUCAGAGGACAUUUUUGGAACUUUGAUUAUUCACAGAUUUUGUGGCCACUUGAGAUUUACCGCCAUGUGAACAGAAGUCUCACUCAUGAUAUCACUGGGACAAACUUGCUGUGAAAUGUUUCUGCUGUCUUCUCAGUUCUCCCCUUUCUGUGUAAGGUUUCAGACCACUUUCUGACUCUCAAGAUUUAUUACAUAAUUUGCUCUAUGCAGUGUACCCAGAUUUAUCGUCACACUUUCAGCAGGCCUGUCUGUUUUUUUUAAAUUUUUUUUUUUUUUUGGAUGGAUCUUACAGAUGCUUUGGAUGCAGGCUUUAAAAAGUUAAAGUAGUGUUUUGUGUUGUAGAGAAAAAGUUUUUUCCAGAUAUUUAGUUUACUUAUAAUUGCGAAGUACAAACCUAAGCGCAUGCAAGACCUCCUGAGGGAUGAGAGAAUGGACUCCCAUCUUGACAGUUUUCAUGUGAAAUCAGUAGCGUAUCUGUUUAGUUAUCAUGAUGAGAAAGACACAUGAAUAUGUUGAUCUUGACUGGAAGAGUCUAAAAACAGAACAGUGAGUAGGUGUACUUGAAAGUUGAAAACAUUAAGUUUUGCAUACACUCAUUCUCAAUCAUGCUCUGACACUGGCAGCAGGAUCCAGUUGGAGAGGAAAAUGUUUUCUGGUAGGCUGCACUGUCAGACCUUACCAAGUCUAGGUAGGAGUGAAUUUCUUGGAUUGGAUGUUAACACAGUUCAAGCCAACAGUAAUGCUGGAUGAUUUCCACACUUAGCAGUUUGUUUUUAGCAUCUCAUGUAAAUGCAGGAGUUGAUUCAAGUCUGUUUAUGUUAAAGAGUCCAUAUUGUUCACUCUCAGUCAAGCAUAAUGCUACGGGUUUUGUUAACAGUAAUAAUUACGAACAUCUCUGCUCAGUCUCACUAAGAGAGUUGUGUGGCAGCAUUAGGUCAUUCCACUGUAGAGAGGAUCAAAAAUGAUAACAUUUAUGUUUAGCUGCUAAGUUCAUUGGUUUUGAAUUCGUCUUAAUGGAUUCUGUUUCUCAGUUGAUGGAAUGUGUUUAGCUCACACGUUCAUGAAAUAAAACGUUUCAAGAAAUAUAAAUGAUCUAUUUUAAACACUGAGUGAUUAUCUUUCUAUGCAGCCUUCAUUGUUCUGCAUGAAAUAAAACAUUUUUUGUUUAAUGUA